AUGUUCCGGAGAGAACCGACCCAGCUGCAGCUGAUGCUAAGCGAGGAGGAACCGAACCCGAACGUUCGAAACGUUCACUUCCUCCAGCUGCAGAAGCGGGCUUUGGAGAACAUUUACGGCGAGUGCAACGAUGUGCAAAACAAAAUCUACGCACUGCCGCUCUCUGAAGACCAAGACACAGUGCAAACCGAGAAGUAUGUGGAGUUCGAGGGUGUCUUCAACGACGUGUCGCUGAAGUUGAGCACGCUGAUCGAUUUUGUGCCGAAGGCGGAACCAGCUGCGCCAACGGCCGGAGCGCCGGUCCAGCAGCCAGCCCAGCCCUAUCUCCCCCCGCUACAAGUGCCCUUGCCCAAAUUCGAUGGGUCCUACGAGAAGUGGUACACGUUCAAGGCGCUGUUCACCACUCUGAUGAACCGCUACCGACAAGAAGAGCCCGCCCUGAAACUCCACCACCUGCGGGACUGCCUCGUAGAGAAAGCAGCCGGAAUCAUCGACGACGAGAUGAUCAACAACAACGAUUACGACGCCGCCUGGGCGCUGCUCACGUUGCGCUACGAGGACAAGCGGAUCGUUGUGGACAAGCUCGUGGAGAAACUCUACGGCCUGCCUAAGAUCAGCCAGGAGGAUGCUGCGGAGCUGCGGAAGGCGAUCGACACCUGCACGAAGAAAGUUGGCGCCUUGAAGAACCAGGAACUACCGGUGGCUGGGCUCGGCGAGCAGAUGCUGGUCAACCUCAUCGUGGGCAAGAUGGAGAAGAAGCUGCAGGUGUCCUGGGAGGCCAAGCAGAAGAAGGACGUGCUCUCGACCUACGCUGCGUUGAUGGCGUUCCUGGAAGAGCAGUGUCGAAUCUCUGAGAAGCUCGACACCAAAGUAAAACCAGCGAAGGAGAUGUCCAGUGUGCAAGGCCGCACACGAACUGUGGAAGUUAAGAACAAAAGUGUCAGUGACAAGUACGAGAUCCUGAAAAAGUGCGGCGCCUGCUUCAAUUGCUUGAUGAAAGGCCAUCGAACCCGCGCGUGUUCGUCCGGCUCUUGUCGCCACUGUGCCAAGAAGCACCACAGCUCGCUCCACGAGGACAGUCCCAUCCAGGUCGCGAACAGCGCAGCUCCGACAACGCCAGCGUCCGAAGUGUCCCAGACGGUCAACACACCAGCACCGGGAUCGUCGACAACCCUAUGCGCGAGCGCUGCGAGCUCGGAGAAGCAAACCGUCCUCUCGACUGCCGUGGUUCUGGUUGACGGCCAGUGCAGCACUCCCAUCCCAUGCCGUGUGCUACUCGACUCCGCCUCGCAGAUGAAUUUUGUGACCGAGCGCUUCGCGAACCUUCUCUCCCUGAAACUGAAACCCGCUGACUUCACGGUCAGUGGUCUGAACGGCAACAAAACCCGGAUUAGCCGUCGACUGCGCGCGACCAUCAGGUCUCGCCACGGAAACUUUGCUGCUGAACUGGACUUCCUGGUGACCCCACGAAUCACUAGUGAGCUUCCGGUGAAAUCCUUCGACGCCUCGGAGUGGCCCAUCUCAAGCGAACUUGUGCUGGCCGACCCGGCGUUCAACAAACGAGGACGCGUCGAUAUGCUGAUCGGCGCCGAAUACUUUUGGAACCUGUUACUAGACGACCGAUACGAACUCGGCCCCGACCAACCUGUGCUGAGGAACACCAAGCUGGGUUGGAUUGCCGGAGGUGUGAUUGCGAGCGAUGCGACGGUCGUUGCGCGCACACUUUGCCAGACGUCUGAAGAAGAGCCGCUCAUCGAGCUGCUGAAGAGCUUUUACAAGGUGGAGGCUUGCGACGAGAUCCGCUCAUCCCCGACGGCAGACGACGAGUUGUGUCUGGAGCACUUCCAGCGCACACACGAACGAACUGAGGAUGGGCGCUACGUGGUACGACACCCUUUCAACGAACGCAAGAGCGAGCUGGGAGACUCGCGUGAGAUGGCGCUGCGGCGUUUUCUGGCUCUGGAGCGGAAACUGGACAAGCAGCCCGAACUGAAGGAGCAGUACUCGCAGUUCAUCCGAGAGUACGAGCAACUCGGACACAUGCGAGUGAUCGAAGAAGCGCCGAACGAGGACCCGGGGUCGGCGUUCUACCUGCCGCACCACUGCGUGCUGAGGCCCACGAGUACGACAACCAAGCUGCGGGUCGUGUUCGACGGGUCGGCGAAGACGUCCACGGGCGUCUCGAUCAACGACGUUCUGAGGAUCGGCCCAACAAUCCAGAACGACCUGACGGCGAUCCUGCUCCGAUUCAGAGGCUUCCAGUUCACGCUCGACAUCCCGAAGAUGUUCCGGCAGGUGCGCGUCCAUCCGGAAGACACAAGGGCCGCCGAGGUGGUCGACAAGGGAACGUACAUGGACGACGUACUGACGGGUGCCGAUACGCUUGCUGAGGCAUGCGAACUCCAGCGGGAGAUGACCGGGCUCCUAGCGAAGGCCUGCUUCGGCGCCCACAAGUGGUGCGCGAACCACUCUGACCUCUUGCGAGAGGUCCCUGAAGAGCUGCGUAGCAAUUCGUUCGAGGUCACCGACGACAUGCCCGACUUCGACGACCUGGAAGAAGUGACUCGGAGGAAGCUUCUGAGUCAGCUGGCCAAGAACUUCGACCCGCUGGGAUUCUUUGGGCUAGUCAUCACUUACACGAAGCUGAUCCUGCGAGAAAUUGGCGAGCUGCACAUCGAGUGGGAUGACCCGGUCCCACCAGACGUCGGCGAGAAGUGGCGAAGCUUCCGCAUCGAGUUGACCGCGCUGAGAGAAGUGCGACUGCCGAGAUGGAUCUCCUGGAAAGGUGCGCUCAAGCUUGAGCUGCACGGGUACGCGGACGCAUCUGAUCUGGCCUACGGUGCGUGCAACUCGACCCCCCGAGCUGAACUGCUGGCGGCACUGCUGCUCGCUAGAAUUGUCGUGAAGUUCCUGAGCGCCACGGAACUCAAGUUCGAAUCGGUGCACCUCUGGAGCGACUCGCAAAUCGUCCUGGCUUGGCUCAAGAAACUCCCACAGCUGCUGCAGACGUUCGUGUCGAAUCGGGCGAGCGAAAUUCAAAAACUGACGCAAAACUACCACUGGUAUUACUUUGCUACGCACGAAAACCCGGCCGACUUGAUUUCGCGGGGAGUCACACCGAAGAAGCUGAUCAAGUCCAAGAGGUGGUGGCAGGGCCGACCACGCACAACCGUAGCCGCGGCUGCGGACGAAAUCGAGAUUCCGGACGACGAGCUGCCGGAAAUGCGAACUGGAGUGGUGCUGGCCAUGACUGUUCCUGUCGAACGUUUCCCGAUCUUUGGCAAGUUGAGCAGUUUCACGGGGAUCGUCAGAAGCAUGGCCUACUUGGUGCGCUUGGCGAGGUUCGUCAAGUCGCGCAAAACGGAGGUGGUGAAGGGACGACUCGCCGCCAAGGAGAUGCGCACAGCGACGCUCGUGAUCGUGCAGCUGGUUCAACGCGAAGCAUUCCAGCCAGAAAUCCUCGCAAUGAUGGACGGUGCGGACACAAACCAUCGACUUAACGGGCUGAAGGCGUUCCUGGAUCCCGACGACGGCCUUCUGCGAGUUGAUGGCCGGAUCAAGCGGGCCUCCGUGCCGUACGAUAGCCGUCACCAGAUGCUGCUGCCGGCUAAGCACCCGAUCACCGAAGCACUCGUUCGAGUGCUGCUCAAGGACCAGAACGCGCCGCCUUUGCAGUGGCCCCUUGGACGGAUCGUGACCGCGCACCCCGGAGAGGACGGCGUGACUCGCGUCGUUACGGUGCGCAUGGCGAGUGGAGCGGAGUUCAAGCGUGCGGUGACCGAGGUGUGUUUGCUGCCGUUGGACGAGGACGAGGAUUGA